AACCACCAACUUCGUCACGGAGUUGCUCCUUUUUCGUCUUUAAGAGUUUCUUCGUCUCCUUCAUACAUACGAACGAACGAACGUGUACGUACAUUCACAUACAUGCAUACACAUCCUUCAACUCACGUAAUGCAAUGUAACAGAGUUUGAUGGAAAAAGGAAGUUCAGUUGUUAGUGUGGGUCUCGUCGUAUCUUCAAUCUCUCGACUCACUCACACUCGACAGUUUUGCCUGCACGGUCGAAUUUGGUUAGAGCGGAAACCAUCCUUUUUUUGGAAACAUUCUUCUUCUGCCAGUGAAUGUGCUUCAUGAGUUGCGGCUAACCAAACCAUCUGCAUCAUUCAUUUUGGUGGAGUUUGCACAUUCGAAUAGCAGAAAUCUCAGUGUCGCAUACAACAGUUUUACUACCGUUCCGUUCGGUCGGAGUGGAGGAAUGGAGUGGGGUUGCAUAUUAACUUGUCGGAUUUUUUGAUGAAAAAUAGUGUGUUUUGUUGGUACAAUUUAAUUGAGAAGAACAUGGUAGUGCUGCUCUGGCGAAGACGAAGGAGGGAGAAUUUCCUACGAGAAUAAAUAGGAUGAGAAGGAUAGAGGAGGACGGGUGAAGUGACAAAAAUGUAACAAGUGAGACAAGGAAUAGCACAGCAAUGUAAAAAGUAGUGCACAAGCGUGUAAUAACGGAAAGUGCUUGCUCGACUCUGCUGAAUGAAUGAAUGGGAACUCUCUCUCAGAUCUAUCCAACCCAUUUCAGUGCUAACUUGGCAAACUAUCUACGCUACGUGUGCAGCAAGAGAGCGACUAAAGGCUCGGUCCGUUCAUUCAUAAAGUUCUCGUUGAGCUUGCAAGUACGCGAUCGAGAGUAUAAUAGUUUCACGUUUUAAGCCCUACUCACUCAAAGGCUGUACGAACACAAAUGUGAAGUUUUUCAGGGAUUUCGCUGGAAAAAGUUUGGUGAUCUUGUGAGAAUUGUAUGGGCUCCCCGAGUUGUUUAGUGUGCAAUCAAGUCAUUUCUACUCUGGAGAUAGUUUUUGGAGUAAAAUGACAUCUGAAAUUGGCCGGAUGUUGAAAUGUCUGAAAAACAAAUCAUAUCAUUCCCUUCAGGACGAUGCCUACAGUCAUAUAACUCUUUUACAAACAGAAGAGACGAGUUCUCAGCCCAAUGAAGACAUAAGUUCAACAACGACAAAUACAACAGUCUCAAAACAUAACAGCGAACUCAUUCCAUCACCCCUGCAAGAUAAGUCGAAUGCCAAUAACAAGCCCAACUUUAAAACGAAAAGUUUAGACAGUCUGACUGAGGAAGUGCUAAACUCGAUUGAUUCCACCAACGUUGUCGAUUGUCAUUUGAAUGAAAACAUAAAUUCCGGACCCAUUUCUCCGAAUAUUUUUUCUGAUCAAAGGAGUUUGUCCAAUAAUUGUGGGAGCAGUAGCAGCAGCAGUCCACCAGCGUCAGAAGGUGGCAUCAUUGGUAAAAGUACAAUAAAUAACAACUCGAGUGGUAGUGGUGGACUUUUUAGUUUUCUGGGUCUAAAAUUUAAUAAAUCCUCCACCCGGCAUCUGGACCGGUCUUCCUCUGGAGAUUCUUCUGGAGAUAAGAGCGAGCCAUGUAAUCCAAAUAGGUACACAAAAUUCCCUUUGCGAGGAAACAGCACUGUGGCCCACACACCGGAAGCGGCUGCUGAACCCAGUAACCCAAUAAUUGUAACCCCUGACCCUUCAUCCACUUCAAGCAGGUCAUCGGUCGAAUCCCACUCACAAAGUUCUUCUGAAAUUUCAUCAGCACCUCAGUCAAACUCAAAAUUUGACAUUUCACAAAUCCAAUUAACUCCCCAAACCAAAGUUUACUCCAACCCAAAUCGAAGCCCACCUCAAAGUUCUUCAAGAAAAGGAGCCUUCUCGGCAAGUAACUUUAUCAGCAAGUCAAUUUCGUCAUUUGGGAAAAAGUCUGGUAAUUCUAAUCACAAAAACAGUUCAAGUUUUAUAAAUAAACGCAAAUCAAAGUCUGACAACAAUUUGCAUCGAGUAGACUUGGGCAGAAACUCUGCAUUUUCAAUCUCUGGGGGUGCGUCGGGUGGUGAAAGCAGUAUUAAUAAUAGCAGAAGUGGUGUUGUUGCUGGCGGUGGUAGUAGUGGAUUGACCACAAACUCUUCUCAAAAUAUUUACAACAGUGAGCCCAGAAGUGAAUUGAGACUGAAUAGUGUUCAAAUAGGGGAUCACCAAACCAUCCACUUGCCCUGGACAGGUCCUGGUCUUCAAAGAAACAAUUUGAGCACGACCACACCUCACCGAGUUCAUCAGCAUACCCACCACAAUAACUUUUUUGCCCCUGAGGUUCGCUAUGUUGAGUGCGGUUUUAAAUUGUCCAGAACAGCAGGAGAUGAGAAUUCUCCUUCUUCCAAUAACUUUGCGUUAAUCAGGCCGGAGGAAACUCAUGCUCGCUUACACAAUCACUACCCUGCGACAAGUAUCCAAUACACUUCCUGCACCGCGGUCAAACGAAGGUCCAGGUCUCUCGAAAGGGACGCCGGGCAUAGAAUCAACCCACGAAAUUCUAUUGCAUGCUCUAGUGCAGGCACAUUAAAUUCCUCCCACACAUCCUCAAAAUCAUUUAGAGGUCGGGGUCUUCUGAGUAAUAAAGGAGCAAAAACUCUUGGUGGUGGUGUUGCUGGUGAGACCACAGCAAAUUCAGCAAAUUCUAACUUUGGCCUACACCAAGUUCGCCGCUGUUUAACUCCAGAAGAACAAGAAAUACUUUUAAGAAAUAUUAGUUGGGAUUCCUUCACCCUUGAACCCAGGGCUGAAACUCCACCUCCAAGACCGGAGAAACCUGCCAGUCUUAGAAAUAAGUUUGCUUGUUCUUUUGAUCCUUCAACAAAUCCCUCCCAGCACUCAAAGUGUGCAUCAUCAUCAUCGUCGUCAUCGUCCUUUUUAUCGAAAAAACCCCCCCAUAUUGGAGCAAUCCGCCGUUCUGCUCCAAAUUCGUUUAGCGUCAGCAGCGGUUCGAACGACUCGAUCAACAAUUGUUCGGCCCCACCAUCCCCUCCUCCGCGGCCACCAUCUAGUCUAAAACCAGAGAGUCGUCUCAUCACCUCAAUAGCAAUCGGGGCAGGAAAUACUCAUCGGGUCCUCCCAAACAAAAGUUGCACGAGUGGAGGUGUCAUCAGAUCCACUUCUUUUAAAACACCCCAUGUUUCACCCUCUCAGCUUCUUCCAAUAAGCUCAAAAUCAGACGUUGACGAGAAUAACUCGUCAGAUUUCACUAUCCAUCGUAUGACAUUUGAGAAGAACACUGAACAACGGAAUACCAAUUCUCAGCACCAAUCGUUACAAUUAUCAUCAACGUCUAGUUCUACUGAUCCAAUUAUUGCUGCGACCUUAUCCUCCAACUGUCAAAAGGCAUCAACAACAAUGUCCAUUGACGAAACUCAGAGCUCCAGAUUUAUUAGCAAACCAAUGAAGGGAUGGCUUCACUCGGAUCAGCUUCUCUCCAAGGAAGGUGUCACUUACACAGUUCGGUACAUCGGCUGUGUGGAUGUGAACAAGUCAAUGAAAAGCCUGGACUUUGAUACGAGAUCGUUAAUUGCCAAGGAAUGUAUCAACCAAGUUUGUGAAGCUGCUGGAGUAAAGUCCGUUGAUCGGAAACGAAAGUUUGAUCGCAAUGUGAUGAGAAUACUGGGCACAAGGCCAAGGCUAGAACACGCGGGGUUGGAUGUGCAUCUUACGAUUACAAGCACUUGUCUGAAGCUCACUAGUCUGGACACUGGAGCGGUUAUAGCUGCACAUGAAAUGCCGCAGAUUUCGUUUGCCUCUGGUGGCGACACAACAAUGCUUGAUUUUAUCGCAUACGUGGCCAAAGAUAACGUGGUUGGACGUGCAUGCUUCAUUUUGAAAUGUGGAAGUGGACUUGCUCAAGAUGUUAUUAUCACCAUAGGACAGGCGUUUGAACUGCGAUUUAAAGAAUACAUUCAAAAACGACCACCACCUCCGAGGUUGCCUCUCGCUGAUGACCGAGAAUAUUACAACGACUUACCAGGGAAAUUGCCACCCGAUGUUGAGGGAAAGUGUAAUGGGAACAAUGAAGGGAAAGGUUUGGGUGGAAAAGGGAAAGAGAUUCCAACUCUGACACUUCCGAUUUCAUCUGAAGUGUCUGUCAAUCUGAUUGACUUUGAAGCUCCUACACCCCCGGCUUGGGACCGAAGUACCCUGGAGUUUGAGGCUUUCGGCUCUAUAGAGCCUCCCACGUUUUCCGAUAUUUCUGCUGUUGCUGGAUCAUCAACGUCCUCCACUGGACUGGGUUUACCAAAUUCACCCAGCCAACCGAAUAAACCGGUUGUAGUACCCAAUAAUAAAGACUCUUUUGAUAUGCAACCCUUCACCACAGCAUUAUCUGGACCAGAACAAAGGAAAAACCUUGAAACUCAGUCUUGGUUUCAUGGGUGCAUAAGUCGAAAUCAAGCCGAGCACUUUGUGAAAAACGAUGGAGACUUUUUGGUUCGAGAAUCACAAACUACUCCCGGGCAGUAUGUUCUCACUGGGCUUCAAAACGGGUCACCGAAGCACCUUUUGCUGGUAGAUCCAGCUGGCGUGGUUCGCACAAAGGACCAGACAUUUGACAAUGUGAUCCACCUCGUUCGCCAUCACAGUGACAACUGCCUCCCCAUCAUAUCGGCGGAGAGCAUGGUCAUUCUACGGCAGCCUGUUCCCAGAGAGUCAUCUGUCCCUUAAAGACUUGAUUGAUACACAGAUCAAGCAAUGAUGCUGAUGAUUUAUAUUAUGAACAAUUCUUAUUUCGUUUUCUGGUAUUUAUUAAGGUUUAGCAAGUCAUCACUUUUGAUACUGUUUAACUGUUUACACACGCAAUUUCCCUAGUCUAUCAAUAUUGAUGUUAUAAUAAAUAUGUAUGCUUCAUUCCUAUACUGCUUAAAAUGGAACGUGGAGGUUGGCACACAUAUAUAUUUGUAAAAUCUCUGGAAUUGUAUUGUAGAGCAUCUUAUUUGAAAUCUUUAUAGAUUUUCCAAUGGGAUAUCUUCACUCUACUGAAAUGCUCUCACCUUGUAAUUGAGUCCCGAAUUUUAAUCCGUAAAUGUAUGUACAUGUAAUAUAUAUAUAAUAUACAUAAAGUGUUGCACAAUUGUACAAUCGUUAUCCAAGACUGUUACAAAAGUUAGUACGUUGUACCUUUAACACAAUUGCACCGAGCUUGAGAGAAAUAUGUACACUAUACCAUGUAUAGUUUGAAAGAGGGACUCUUUCUCAAACCAUUUUAAUUGACUUUUAUCUCCUGCAGUGCAAACAAGAUUCACAUUGUUGGUAAAUAUAUUUAUAUUGCCUGCUUCAUUUUUGAGUGUGCUUUAGUCAAACGAAUUAUUUAUAAAUGCAUAUAUUCAUAAGUCAGUUUAUAUUUCACUGCUGUUUAUUAGCCAAUAAUUUGCGUUUAAAAGAAGACUUUGAGAAUACUUGAACGUGUUAUCUUCACAGAGAUGUUUACAUGAAAAUAAGUAUAAUGAGAGAGCCAUAUUGUGCCGCAAGCCGCAAUAGUUUAUUAUUUAAGUAGAAUUAGCAGAAAAUACUAUUUUCCAGUCAACUGAAUAAAUUAUUAUCUCUUGUAA